AUGGAGAAGAUCUUCUUAGGUGUUAUUUCUGGUGCCACCGAAUCAGAAGAAAUCGUUCUUUGUGUGCGGGCCAUACUUGAUUUUAUCGAGUAUUCCCAGUUCAGUCUGCACACGGAUGAGUCUCUGGAGAAAAUGGAUGAAGCUUUACGUCUGGAGAAAAUGGAUGAAGCUUUACGCAGCUUUCAUUCCCAUAAGGAUGCUGCAUUUGUGGACACGGGCAUUCGACAAGCUUUCAACAUUCCAAAAAUCCUUCUGUAUCACUACUUCACUCGUCAGUGCAAUCAAGACCUGGCAUAUAGUCGCCGGUUUUUGGAACUCCAUGGAACUCCUGCACACUGUGCUACUUGGGGGAUUCCUUUGGACAUCUGGCAUCAGUACGACGCUGCCCUUCAUGAGCAUACCUCCUCUACUUCGACUUUCUUAGAGUUGAACAUGCUUGAUGAGCAGGAUGAGGUCGACGCUGUUCAAUUGGCGACCAUUGCCGAGGCGCAUUCUGGUUUGGCUCAUCAACUUGUUUCCCCUCCAGCUCCUCAGAUGCCUAUAAAGGGGGGAGAAUCAGAUAUUUUUACCUCCAACAUGCCUCCCACUCCUUGUUCUAUGCUGGUCCCUCGCAUCCUCACCGCUCACCCUGACAAGACCAUGCCUACAGGUCAAUAA